AUGUUGCAUACAGAGGAGCCGAGUUCGAUUGCCGAUGCUGGCAACACUGUCUACGACGCCCCUUCCCGGAUUCUGGUGGUGGCGGGCGAGUACAACGUGAGUGGCAUUGACAGAAACCCUGUCACCGGGCAGCCACAAGAGCAGCUCCUCAACGUACAGUCCGUGUACUUCUACCCCACCUACCCGUUCAAAACACAGGAGCAAAUGAUCGCCAAGAUCCAAGAUACCAGAGCGAUAAAUAGGCGACGAAGGAGGUCCGGUGCUGUGUGCCUGGGGCAACCACUGGGUGGUCCGAGGCAUCCUACCCUUCAACCUGUGUGCCAGCGGCCGAUUCAAUCUCUACGUCACAGAGAUAGCCCCCUACCUCUCCUGGAUCAAACGGACCAUGACAUCCUAUGGCUGAACGCGUCUUCAGACACAGAGAAUGUACUGUCUGUCAACAUUAUGCAUGACGUACAGCGCAAUUUGGAAAUCUUGAGACUCGUUGGUUGUUCCUUGUCCUUGAAGAAUGUAAUAAGAGUUGAAAACAGAUGUUGCGAAACGUUUCAUGAAUUGAAAUUAUUUCCAAAAUAUAUGUAUAACACAUUGACCUUGAACGUAUGUGCUUUUUUUUAUUGUUCUUUUUUUUUUUCCUUUCUGCUAUAAUGAUGUAUCAUUGCUAUAAUACAUGCCUCGAGGGGAAUAGACUUUUAUUGGAGCUGUGUAAAAAUAAAGAAAAUAAAACAAAAACUAAAACAGAACCCUGUCGUGAAAUCCAUAGACGUGUAUUAGGAUAAACUAGAUCGUGCAUUCUGACGUACUUCUGCUUUACUAUAUUAAGUGCACUUUAGCGCACCAUGUCACUCAUUUUGUAGGCAGAUGAAGGGCAAGAAGGGAAAAGUGCCCUUUUCACUCGAUUAUAAUGAGGCAUGUAUUUUUCUAUUCAUUUGGUCACUCAUGGUUCUCACACUUUUCAAUGAAGUAUUUCCUAGAGUGACUGACAUGACAGUGUACGUUCUAGGUAAUUAUAAUUAAAUUUUAUGGUGUAAAUAUUUUCGUAAACACAAUUUGAUGACGCCAAAUACAAUACAUUACGACCUACGUUCUCU